GAUCUGAUCGUCCCUGUUAUCGGAGCGCAGAGGAGGUCAAUUCUUCCGUGCUUUCCUGUUUUCAAAGAGGGGAAUGGCUGGAGUUUCUGAUGAUGAUCAGGUCACUAGCGUAUGCGGUCACUGUGACAGAGCUAUUCCAUCUUCCAAUAUUGACUUGCAUUUCGCUCACUGCUCCCGGAAUCUGGAGAAGUGUAAAGUGUGUGGUGAUAUGAUACCCCGAAAACAUGCAGAGGAGCACUUUCUGAGUACCCAUGCCCCGGUCUGUUGUUCCCUGUGCAGUGAGACUAUGGACCGUGAUAUUUUAGAUGUUCACAAAGGAGAAAAUUGCCCGAAAAGAAUUGUGACUUGUGAAUAUUGUGAAUUUCCACUGCCUGCAAUUGAUCUAUUGGAGCAUCAGGUGGAAGUUUGUGGAAAUCGGACAGAGUUAUGCUACAUGUGCCAUAAAUAUAUAAGACUUCGAGAGAUGCAUAGCCAUGUAAGCAGAUGCACUGGUCCUGUUAGAACCGUAGCUGAGUCAUCAAGGAACACGAGAGCACUAGAAAGGGAAAGGGAAAGGGCUGCAGGUGCUCCGAGGAGGCCACCGCGUGAGUUUUCACCAAGGCGUCUACUGUUUACUAUUGCAAUAACAGGAAUUGCUGUUCUAUUAGGUUCGCUUUUCUUCCAGAGGAAGCCAGGCCCAACUCCAGUGAACUAAGAAUGCUUUUGCGUGGUCUUCUUUCUAGGCUACUACUGAUUACACCAUCUUACUUGAUUUUACGUCUAAUGUUGGUUGCGCCUGUAUAAUUCACGACUUGCUUAUAGUGUUGAAAUAUUGGAGCGCAUGGAUCUUUGUAUCAAUUGAGAGAGACAUUAUUGUUCCAUUCGGUAAAUAGUCUUACUAUUUGUAAAAAGGGAACCAAAUCUUAUUUGAACCGGGAAAGAAUAAAUUGUUUGUUCUUCUUCCAAA